AACAGCUCAGGAGCGAAUUGCCCAUCUCUACACUCAACGAUUGACGAUUGUUUUGAUUGCUUGUGAUAAAUAGCAUCGUGCAGCGUUGUUUCGUAGGUGUUUGCGGUGAAAAUCUGGUUAAUAUGGAAAAUGGUUGGGAUUCGAUGGUUGCGAAAAUCGUUCGGGUGUACAAACUAACGAAUGUGAUUCAAACAUUUCAUGGGGAAGUCGAAACAAUCCGAAAACUACAGACGAUCCCCGAAGUUAGGAAAGCAUGCCGGUCCUGGUUGAAAAAAUUGCCCUCUGUGCGGACCAGCGACGAAGAAAAGUCCCAUCUCUAUCGCGAAAAUGGCAAUGAAAUUUUUCGUGGACGAAAGUGCCCCCACGUGGCAUUGGAGGCCUACAGUAAAUCCAUUUUUGCUGCACCACGCGACUCAACUGCAUUGGCAAUGGCCCAUGCCAACCGUGCUAUUGUGCUGAUGAGUUUGAAAAGAUUUCGUGAGGCUUACGAGGACUGCCAGUUAGCACUGGAGGGUGCCUAUCCAGAAGAAAAUCGCCUGCGAGUGCUCUUCCGACAGGCGGAAUGCGCACUGCAGGUGCGCGAUCGCGAAGGCCUGGAGAAAGCGUUGGAAGAAAUCGGAAAAAUUUCCAACGAACAGGAACUGGCUACUUUUGAAAUUGAAAGAUUCAAAAGAUUGCAACAAUUAGCAGAUCUUAUUGCAAUAUCUGAGGUACCACCGGGUGUUACUGAUUUGGAACUCAAUUUACCACAAAUUGAAGAGAAGGUAUCCGAUGAACUCGGAAGGUAUAUGGUGGCAAAGGAGGAUAUAAAAAUGGAUUCUCCUAUUGUUCAAGAAAAGGCUGCUUCUUUUGUUCCAGUGUAUGAUCCCCGAGGCCGCUCGGAGCUCCCGCCUUUUGAUUGUCAGUACUGCGGUGAGGUUAAUGUUAUUCCAUUUCCAUGCUCAUCAUGUGGAAGAGCGUGCUAUUGCAGCAUAACAUGUCGACAAGAACACAUUCCUGUCCAUCGUUACGAAUGUCCCGGUUAUGAGAAACAUUUGUGGUAUCUCAUAGGUAUAGCACAUUUAGGGAUACGAUGUUUUCUGGAUGGGUUUCAGGAUAGUAUGCAGAAAAUGAACAGCACAAUUGAAUGUACGGCAGAAGUAUUUUUUGAAGAUGUCCUGAAUAUAGCUGAAGAACAGCAUCAGACCUAUCAUUAUGGAAAGGUUCUAAGGCUAGUAACGAAUUUGGACAAGAUGUCUGUUUCGGAUAUGGUGCAAUACUCACUGACCGCGUACAUGCUUUCAUUAUACUUGAGCGAAUUUACCGACUUUUUCAAAACGCUGGGUGACAAGUCAGACAUGAUGUCGAAGGAUAACUGGAUAGUGUAUGCCGCAAGUGUCAUUUUAAGACAUAUUGGACAGUUAGUUUGCAAUGGACAUGCGAUCAGCGAGUUGCGAGGUGUUUCUGCUUCCGAGAAUAACUGUCUAGAGCAGGACAGUUUUAACAUUAGAGCCGGGUUUUUGCAUCGAUAUUACGAGAGCACACGCGUAUUCACCGGAAUAUUUCCGCAGAUCAGUAUGUUUAACCACUCCUGUGAUCCUAAUAUCCGUAAUUAUUUCAACAAAAGUGUGCUGACAGUCUAUGCUACAAAAGAUAUCGAACCGGGUGGUGAGAUAUUUAACUGCUAUGGACCGAACUGCAAAUUGAUGAACAAGGAACAACGUAACGCUGCCCUCAAGCAACAGUAUUGCUUCGAUUGUAAAUGUAGUCGUUGCGUUUCCAAUAAAGACGAUGCAUAUGAGAAAUACGAGCACUUCAAAUGCCCGUUCUCGAAAUGUGCCAAGUAUUUUCUGGUGAAACAAAACGUUGAUCCUUUCGAAAAAGACAUCAAAUGUCCGUUAUGUCGAAGAAUUAUUGAUUGCUCCUGCUUUCAACUUAUUGCUAGUGGAAUGUCGAGCGAGCAGGAAAGUUGUUACGAAGACUUUGAGGAUGCAGUUAAUGCUUACAACAAAUGCGCACUAGUUCUAUCGGAAUUUCACGAAACAAAGAUUACACUUGCUCACAUGAUUUUUAUUCAGUAUUUGCCCUUUUCUGGAUUAGAUGAAAGGUGUCUGAGAGCGUUGAAAAAACUAGCACAAGAGUUCAUACACAUACGAGAGCAUCGGUUCGGUAAAAUGAGCCCCGAAUACGUUAUGGCCUGCUUUUACCUAAUGGACUUAGUUGUAAUAGAAUCCAAAUGUGAGGGUGAGUUUCGUCUCGAUCAAGCAUCGGCAGAAAUUAUAAAUGAUUUCAAACAAGCUAUUGAAAUUUUCGGGAAUGGUACUAGAACAAAACUAUUGAAUUAUCUGAAAACUCAUUUGGGGUAAUUAGCCUACAAGUUCAUAACGUUCGUAAAAUAAAAGUUUGUCGUACUAUCGCAUUAUUUCGUUUCCCAUUUUUGUCUAUAAAUUAGAGAAAUGUGUAACACUCUUCGUAAACUACAAUACUCCUUUUCUUGCUGGUAUAGAAUCCUUUUUCAAAGCUUUGCAUAAACGAAUAUAAUAACCAAAUCAGAAAGUAAUGUUAAACGUUCCGACCUGAAUUUAACCGACUGUGGGUCUGUAAAUAAUCGUUGUUAUAAUAUGAAAUAUACUUCAACAAGUGGUAUAUCCUAAUUAUAAUUAUUUUAAUUUAGUGUGUUCAGGAUAUGGUAAAAAAAUAUGUGCACAAAUUAAGUUAUUCAUCAAGAUUAACGGUUUAUGGUGUUGGACGAGUGAAAUACAGGUAUUUUUUGCAUCUGAAUUAUCGAAUUCGUUGGUGGUAGGUUUGUUUAUUGUGAAGUGGAAAGCAAAAGCUUGUAAUUAGUUUAAAAUAGUGAAAAAGAUGAAAUUAGGUUCAGCAAAAUGAGGUGUUUGAAUAUUUCCAUCAAUAAUAACCAAAAACCGAUUCUUGAAUCCAAUCAAAUAUCCAGUAUAAUAAAUCUA